GCGCAUUAAUAGGCUUCCGAAACCAUAUUUAUGGCCUCCAUGGAAAUAACAGUAGAGCAUUCAGACACCCCUUGAAAACCGUGUGUUUUCAAUCAAAGCCAAGGUCCUCACCGAUGAGAUGAGGGGUUGGAACCAAUUUGAGACCAUCUACGAGGAAGAACAGGAGUUUUCUUCAACCUCCUCUCCCUUUCUUUCACCAUCUUCCUCCUCUUCUCCUCCUCCUCCUCCAUCACUCCACUCCAUAGUCAAUGCUUGGUCUCUUGACUCCGGGUGUGAACCAGAUGUCUUGAUAUGUGUUCAAGGAACCUCUUUUCGUCUGCACAAGGUUCGUUUGAUAUCACGAAGUUCAUACCUCAAACGACACCUAACGGGAGUUUCUGACUUAACUCUCUCCCCGCCGUUAAACUUAACGGCCGAGACUUUCGCCGCGGUAGCCGAAUUCUGUUACAGCCGCAGAGUCCACUUAACGCCGAGCAACGUUGCCGCCGUUAGAGUGGCGGCGGAGUUAUUGGGCAUGACGGGGGAAGAGAAUCUCCGUGAAGUAACGGAAUCGUACUUUGAGAGAGUCGUUGGCAUUGGCGCGUCGAUGGUUCUGCGUUCGUGCGUGGCUCUGCUUCCCGAAGCCGAAACGACGGCGUCGCUUGCCAGCAGGUGCAUUGAAGCGUUGGUUUGGGAAGACGACGUUUCGUGUAUGAGCGACGUCGUAGGAAUGCACCCUCAGGAUUUUCAAACGGUUUCGUAUUCACUGAACAGACGGUUACCCAACCACGACGUUCUAUACAAGAUGGUUGAUCUUUAUCUUAAGGAAAACAAGUGCCGUAAACUAACGGAGGAACAGAAAACGGAGAUAUGCAACAGCAUAGAUUGUUCUAAGCUGUCGCCACACACCCUCGUGAACUGUGUUCAAAACCCACAAAUGCCGCUGAGAUUCAUAGUGCAAGCGAUACUGAUGGAGCAUCUCAACACUCGCCGCUCCGUCACUGCGGCGGCCACCACCGGUGCACAACAACAACUGGAACGAACGACGCUAAGAGAAAUUCUGCAGCGUGACACGGCUGAUCGCCAAACGACACAGAUCAAAGAGACCAUGGAUUCCACCUACUCUCGUAUUCAAAGCCUCGAGAAAGAGCUAAGGGGAAUGAAGAAGAUCCUUCAUGAACAUCACCAAGCCGAGGGUGAGAAGAUAAGGAAUAAUAAUGUGUUGAACUCAGAGCGUUCCGCGAGUUUCCAUUUCGAUCCAGCAGAUGCAGAGAGCAGUAAAAUACAGAGGGGAGGAAGAGGGUCUGUUUCGUCUUCGGGUUUUGGGCUUGACAACGUAAGGAGGAAAAAUAAGGAAGUGGCCGGGGGGAUGUGUAAUUUGUCUGUGGGAUCAUCAUGUCGUCAUGAUAGCAAGACCCCAAAAAUGACCAAGUUUUUUCGCCAUAGUAAGUUCAUAACUGGUCUCAAGAAUGCUUUUCGGAUAUCAAAUUCUACGUCAAACCCCUACUGAAGAAAUGGGCGUAUAUGUCAUGAUUCAUCAAGGCUGUAUAUAGGACUACUAAAGUUAUCGUUCAUGUAGUAAUAUUUAACGCAUUUUUUUUUUAUUUAUGUUUGUUCCCAUUUUUUUUCUUGCUGCUUUCAUUUUUUCGCUAGAUUCUCUUGGGCCAUUGGCCAAACUGCCAAUGCCAGUUGCUAUUUUUUUUUUUUUUUCCCGUUAAUGUCGUUUUGAACUAUUAUUUGAACCUAACACUUAAUUUCAUGCGUUAAUUCGUUGAA